AUGGAUCCAGGAUGUUUAGACCACUCUCCUUUGAGUAUCAAGUUUGAAGAUAAUGAAGAAAGGGAAUCAAGGCCUUUCAAGUUUCUUAACCAUUUAGUUGAACAUAAGGAAUUUCUUACAAGAGUAAAGGAACCAUGGCAAAAGGGAAAUGGGGAAAACAAAAUGAAAGAUGUAUGGUGCAAGUUAAAGAGGGUGAAACAUGCAAUGAAGGAACUUAAUAAAGCUGAGUAUAAUGAAGUAAAUAAGAAGAUAAAUAGAUGCAGACAUCAACUUACAGAACUGCAAGAGCAAAUGAAGGACCCUGGGCAAAAGGAAUAUAUGAUUAUGGUAGAAAAAGAUAUGAAGGCUCAACUAGAGAAAUGGCUGGAGGUAGAAGAAAGUAUUAUGAAACAGAAAUCCAAAGUGAAUUGGCUGAAAUUAGGGGAUGGUAACACAACUUAUUUUCAUGCAAGCAUGAAGAAUAGAUGCUGCCAGAAUAAAAUAAAGAGCCUAACAAAGGCUAAUGAAGUUGUAGUACAAUCCAAACAAGAGACUGAAGAGGAAGUACUUGGGUUUUAUAAACAACUACUGGGAUCAUCAGAUGGAAUUGUGCCAACUAUAAAUCCGGUAGUGAUGAGAGAUGGAACCCUGGUGAACAGACAACAACAACUUCAAUUGAUGAAAGAUGUAUCUAAAGAGGAAGUAUAUAAUGCACUGCUGGGAAUUGGAGACAACAAAGCCCCUGGCUAUGGUGAGUUCAAUGCUUUAUUCUAUAAGAAGGCUUGGCCUAUGAUUGGUGAGGAAGUGACAGAGGCAGUAAUGGAUUUCUUCAUAAACUCUGAGCUCUAUCAACCUAUUAAUUGUACAACAGCGACUCUUGUACCAAAG